CCGGCAUGGCGGUGGGCUCUCUCGUUGUCUGUGGCGCGGGCGCUGGUGGGGGGAUCGGGAGCGCGUGGCUGCCGUGCUCUCUCCGCCCCGCGCCGGUCCUGGCUACCACAGUGCGGGCUGAGGGCUGCUGUCCGCACCUCCGUGCACACGACUAGGGCUGCUGGAAUCCGCCCUGUCGUGGGCUCGCUGCUGCUUGGAAGUUAUUGAGCCUGUGGCUUUGUUUUCUUUUCUGCAAAGAUAAUAAUUAAUAAUAAUAAUAAUAAUAAUAAUAAUAACAGCAGCAACAACAAUAAUAAUGAUAAUGGCUACUUCACAAGGUUGCUGGACGUGCCUGGUGGUCAGCACGCAGUAUUUGUCCUUAACUCCCCAGGUUACACAGAUCCUUUCCCGUCCCGGCGGGUGUACUGCUAGGUGGAGACAAAGUAGCACAGGCUGGUGCUGAGAGUUCUUGUCCCCAGAGUUCUUGUCCCCAGCGCUUUGCUGUUACAAAGACCCCCGUAAGGGUAACUGCACGGCACGUCUGCCAGAAAUCAAGAUUCAUUUUAUAAGCUCGGAUUUAUUUGUUACGAAUUUCCAGUCUCUCCACCCGUACCCCACAGAACAGAAACUGUCCCUGCUGUAGUGUCCGUUUUUAUUAAGUACUCAAUAUCAGAGUGCAUGUAACAGCACAGACCUGAAAACUAGCUACUGUCUUACAGGUGGUGAUUUGUUAAUCUUGCCUAACGUCUAGCUCUUUGUCUCUUAGACUCGGUGAUGCUCUUUUGGGCUUUAAAAAAUUCAGAUGGUAGAUUAUGCAAUCCGUUUUGCUUAUUAAUUUGAGAAGAAUAGAAAAACUUCUAACAGUGUCCUCUGCAUCUUAUUUUUUGUCUGCAGUAACUCCUAGUAUCAAUAGCGGAGAUGUAACGAUAGCGGAGAGUGCUGUGGUUGCGCCUGUCUUUUGCAUGGGUGCUGGAAAUCUGAACAUCAAGCACUCUACCCACUGAGCCAUCUCCCUGGCCUUUGCAAGCUAGUUGAUAUAAGUCUCCUUUGAAGACACUUUGAAUGCCUGAGGAAGAAAGGCAGGCGGGCCCUGUUCUCCCUAUGAGGCUGGAAAAGGACAGUUCGAAGAGGAGCCGCUGGGGGUUCCUGGUUACCGGGGUUGUUGGUGGUGCACUGCUGACAGUGUAUGCUGUGGCCACGCCAUUCAUCACCCCGGCCCUCCGGAAAGUUUGUUUGCCAUUUGUGCCUGCAACUUCAAAGCAGGUUGAAAAUGUUGUCAAGAUGCUGCAACACAGAAGAGGGCCCCUGGUGGACAUCGGCAGUGGUGAUGGACGGAUUGUGAUUGCAGCUGCAAAGGAAGGCUUCCCAGCUGUGGGGUACGAACUGAAUCCGUGGCUGGUUUGGUACUCCAGAUACCGUGCCUGGAGGGCAGGCGUGCAUGGCUCUGCCAAGUUUUAUAUUUCAGAUCUAUGGAAGGUCACCUUCGCACAGUACUCCAAUGUCGUCAUUUUUGGUGUGCCCCAGAUGAUGCCACAGCUGGAGAAGAAGCUUGAGUUUGAACUUGAGGACGGAGCUCGAGUCAUUGCCUGUCGGUUCCCAUUCCCACACUGGACUCCAGAUCACACCACUGGAGAGGGCAUCGACACCGUGUGGGCCUAUGACAUGAGUGCUUGUAGAGGGCGGGGAAAGAUGGCCAGAUCAGGAGCGGGUCGGCCAGAAGAACCUCUCGGAGACAGCCUGGCAGCCGGCCUCCGUAUCCGAGACACAGAGCAAGCUCCUUGGCGUCGAGUGACAAGUCACUGCUGCUCACCUUCCCAUCUUGAGAAAAGGAACAGAACUCAGAGAACCAUUUAAGUUUAAACCCUGCUGCUUUUUAAAGGGCAGUUUCACACAGCCUGAGUUGGCCUUGCAUUUGCUGAGGGUGAUGACCUGGAACUUCUGAUCCUUCCACUUCUACCUCCCCAGUAAAAGUUUCUCCCAGUGGGACAUGCUGGACAGGGUGCAUGCAGAUAUAAGUGAGUGACAGUCUGUGGGUGAGUCAGCAGCAUGGUUUAAUGGCUCCGGUGAGAGGACGGGCACGUAGGCAAACAUCUGCGGUUUCCUGUGCUUUUGUUCAGGACUGAGUUUCUGUAGUUUGUAGCUAAAUUAAAUUUCUAAAGAGA